AACCCGGCGCAGGGACGACCCGCCAUGAUUGGAAAAUCUCUGUCGUCAUCCCGUAAUUAUACAGUCAGACUGGCAAGAUAUGUGACUCCAAACUGCCAAUAUCAAAACCCCCCUGCACAACUCUGUGAGUCACGGAAACUUGCCCAGCACAGGCUCCUUUGGGGUACAUAGGUACUUACAUAUCAUACCGGAUUCCCCCACGCCAUCACCAAAACAGACCUUGCAACAAGAGAAUUGACCAAAGGCCCUCAUGAGAGAAAGAGAAGCGGUGAACUUACCAAUUGAACCGAAAUGGCAGCACUCAGCGCCCUUCCCAACGAGCUUUUGUCUCUCAUAACUAGCCAUCUCGAUCACCCCAGAGAUGUGCUCAACAUUGCCCUUUGCAAUCGUAGGCUGCACCACUUCGUCCACCCUGAUGGUUGGAAGGCUUUUUUGCGAGGACGUUUCUUUGUCACCAAACUGGACAAUGACGCCAAAACCGCCGUGCACGGCUUAACGACACUCCAUCGGAACUGGGACAGCAAAGCCCUCGUGGCUCGGUUCGUGGAUCCUCCCCAGCACCUCAUCAGCCUGAACUCGUGGGAGAAGACGAAAUGGAUCGAUCCGCGUGGCCAGACAAUGGGCUAUCAGCCUACUAUCGACAGCUACGACGAAUUGAGGGGGACCUGGACGGAUCGAAAAGAGGUUCUGGCUUGGUCAGCCGGGACCCAAGUUGUACUGAGGAUCAAAGACACGGGUUCCAAAGCAGACGCGUAUUCCAAGAGCGAGCGCGGGGAGGUGGAAGAUGAGCAGCGUGAGCGGACGGUAACAUGUGGGCUUGAUGCCUUCAAACACUUCAACAUGUGGUACACGUACAAGAUCCCAGAUAGCGCCGAGGGAAUCGACGAUAUCACCGAUAUGAAGCUCCUACGUCCACACCAGAGAAAUAAUCCCGCAACAUCCGAGCAAGCCGUCUUUAGUACUGCAUCUGGACGUUUGUCCAUCAUCACUGCGGACUUGGACAGUCACAUUACGCGCGAGCAGCACUUCUCUACCCAUGAUCAGUCAGUCGAGCCCCCCAAGAGACGAUCUGUAGAAUCACUGUCCGUCUCAUUCGACAACGAGCCGCUCAUUGCAGCAGCCCUGGGCGAUGUUUCUCUAGCUCUUUACUCCGUCAAACACUUCCCUUCUGAUGACGCCUCCUCACAAGAGAUUCUAAGCGAAGUAGCCCCAAUAAUGCCCUCUCCGACUGGGCCACCUCUCCCGGGACGUAUCUGGAGUUGUAACUUCAUAUCGAAUUCCAAUGUAGCGCUGGGACUUGGCCCGACUUAUGAGCCGAUUCAAGUCUACACAGUCACUCCCACGGGUUUUCAUCCGACCCCGCUAAGACGCUUUAAUAUCGACCCGAAAUCCGAGAGUGGUAAUGCCGGUUCAGGAGGAUACGUCCCGCGCAAUACAAGCAUAUAUCCAGUGAUUCCUGUUCCAGAUGGCGUGCAAGGUGUGACUAGUACAAACAACAUCUUCUUAUCGGGAGGAUACGACGGUAUCGUCCGCCUCCAUGACCUCCGCUCCCCUCAAGCUGUCGAAGCCCUCUACGGCGACACUUCCAACCACGCCCCAAUCUACAGCCUAGCAAGCCAGGGCCCGCACCGCUUCCUAGCUGGAAGCUCCAUACACUCGAUGCUCAAGAUCUUCGACCUACGCUACCCACGCACCUACCACUCCCCUUCCUUCAUUAACUCUUCGUCAUCCUCAAACUGGAACCUCUUCCUCAACCCCCGCUCUUCCUCCUCGCAUCGCCGUCGCACCCCAGAUUCUCCCACCUACUCGCUCUCGAUCCCUUCGGCGUUCUCGCCUACGGUGUAUACGGGGCUCGAAGGUACAAUCCAGGCGCUGACGUUUACGUCUGUUGUAGAUGAGUUCCCGGAUCCCUUUCUCUUCCCGGCUCAUCGAGGUGGGAUGGUACGGUCCCAGGACUCGGGGCGUGUGGACAGGAAGAAGACGUGGGAUCCGACGGGCGACGUGCUGAGUUUGGGCAUGUAUGAGCAAGGAGAGAUAGAUGGUGAUGGUUUGGGGACAGGGAUACGGUUGAGGGUGCAACGGGAAAUCGAGAGGGUUGAAACAGGGCGUGAUGGCGGGGCCACGACGAACGGGGGGGCGAAGAAAGAGAAUGGGGUUGUGGGGGUUUCGGGACUCGAUGAGCGGUGGGUGGAUGCUAAAGAUGAGCCUAUAGACGAUGUGGGGCGGAGGUGGGCUCGUGGACGGGGCGGUAUGAGGGGCAGAGGGAGGACACGGAGGAGGUAG